AUGGCAAAGCCAACCGCCAUUUUCCUCAACUGUACCCGCCUCGACUACGACCGCAAGCUCAACUUUGACAAGCUGGCUGAAAUUGUCGAUUUUCACAGAAAUGACACGGAUUAUGUGACAGAUCCCAAAGAAUUGGUUCAACUGGUCACUGACUCCAAAGCGGAAAUUGUCAUUACCAAAGAAAUGAAAGUACCAGCGGAAUGCGUAGAACAGUUCCCAUCCUCCGUCAAGCUUUUAUGUGAGGCAGGCACGGGGUACAACAACAUUCCCAUUCCAGCCGCCCAAGCCAAGGGGAUUACCGUCUGCAAUAUUCCUACCUAUUCGACCGAAGCGGUCGCACACAUGGCCAUUACCUACGUUAUGAAUCUUUCCAUCAACAUGUUUGAACAACAAGCCAUGUUGCAAAAGGGAGACAGAUCCAAUUUUACUGGUCCCUUUACAUUGCCCUUGAUGGAAUUGGGAAACAAGACCAUUGGUUUGGUCGGUGGCGGUGGUAUGAUUGGAAGCAAGGUGGCCGAUAUUGCCUUGGCACUGGGAAUGAAUGUCAUUAUUAGUAGCCGUCGUGGAACUUUGCCUCAGGAUCAUCGCCUCGCCAAUCAUCCCAAGGUCCAGGUCGUGUCGGAAUUGGAAGAUCUUUUGACCGAAUCCGACUUUGUCAGUCUGCACACUCCAUUGAACGACCAAACCCGGGGAUCCUUCGGGCGUGCCCAAUUGACCAAAAUGAAACCAAGUGCCUAUUUAAUCAAUACUUCGCGAGGUGCCGUCUGCAACGAAGGAGAAUUGAUUGCCUGUCUCAAGGAAGGUGUGAUUGCUGGAGCCGGACUGGAUGUUACGGCUACCGAGCCAGCACCCAUGGACUCUGAAUUGUGGGAGCUCCCUAAUGUUUGGCUGAGUCCACACAUUGGUUGGAGACGAUUGGAAACCCGACAGCGAUUGGUCGAUAUGACAUGUGACAAUAUCAAGGCAUAUUGCGAAGCCAAGAGCCCCGAAGAUUAUAUCAAUGUUGUAAGCUAA